AUGAGCCGAUACCGCCGUACGCCUGGUGCCAUUGACAACGACAGAGUCAAAGUCGCAUUCAGCGAAGAAAGGUCCGGAUGCUUGGUCGAAGGGCGGGAUCCUGGAUGGCCACUCUUAGAAGAAGUACAGAGUCACGAGGCUCACGUGGCCAAGUUCACUACAAUUUUCUCAGACUUUACCUUGUAUUGGACCUUUUUCAUGCCAUUACAUCGAGCAUAUACUGGACCCCGCAGGAAACUCUUGCUCGCGCUCGACGUGGGCACAACGUUUCCCGCACAAGAGCAAAUUAGCGGGGCAUCAAAGAUCCCGACAAUUGUCCUCUACAACCGGCAAGGAGAAGUCAAAGCCGUCGGAGCUGAAGCUAUCAGCGAGGACACUCUGGUCGAAGCUGAGAAGCGGGGCUGGCUAAAGGCUGAAUGGUUCAAACUGCAUCUCCGGAACAAUAUAAAUGAGAGGCCCAAUAUCGCUGAAGAAAUCCCUCCUCUUCCGAAAGGGAAAUCUGCCGUUGAUGCUCUUGCCGAUAUUCUCCGCUACCUGUUUACUUGUUCUUCGGAUUAUAUUCAAGAUACUGAUGUGAACGGAAGGGAGUUAUGGCUCACUCUCAAGGAUGACAUUCAUUUUGUAUUGUCCCACCCAAAUGGAUGGGAAGGUUUGCAACAGGACAGUCUGCGCGAAGCUGCUGUUCUGGCAGGACUCAUCCCACGAGAUCAUUCAGGAUAUUCAAGGCUAUCGUUCGUCACCGAAGGGGAAGCCAGUCUCCAUUUUGCGGUUCAGAAUGGACUUCCCUCAGGUGUUAUAGAAAGGCAGGAGGGUGUCGUCAUCGUGGAUGCAGGCGGUGGCACAAUCGAUAUCAGUGCUUACCAACGGCAUCCACAAAAAGAGAGGUACAGCGAAAUUUCUGUUCCUCAAUGUCACUUCCAUGGCUCAACUUUUGUCACCGUUAACGCGCGAAAAUGGCUUUCCAAGUUUCUUGCUAAAUCCCCUUAUCGUACUGACAUUGAGAAUAUCGUCAAAUGUUUUGAUUCCACAACCAAACAUCGAUUUAAAGACGAAAAUGUGCCACAAUUUGUGAAAUUCGGUUCAAAUCGUGACAACGACCCAAAAUGCAAUAUUGUUCGUGGUCGGUUAGAAAUUCCUGGGCAAACUGUUUCUGAAUGGUUCGCUCCAUCGGUUCUCUGUAUUAUCGAUGCUAUUCUUCAACAGAAGAAGGCAGGGCUCAGUAUUUCACAUGUUGUCAUGGUUGGUGGAUUCGCAUGCAGUGAAUGGCUUUGUGAGCGAGUGAAGCGAUGUCUCACACCACUUGGAUUGAGUGUUUUCCGCGCUGAAACUCAUGUCAACAAGGCAGUUUCCGAUGGCGCCAUUUCAUUCUACGUUGACCGCUAUGUUUCAUCUCGCAUCUCGAGAUAUACAUUUGGUGUUUACCUUCAUGAUCUUUAUGAUCCCACUAACCCAGAACACAUCAAACGUAUACGAACAAAGAUACUGUAUCCUGACCAUGAAGAGAGGAUUCCUGGUUUGUUUUCUGUUAUCUUGCCGAAAGUUGAUGAACUUACGGAGUUUCGUCUGGCUGUCAGCCAAAGUCACCAAUCAAAGGCUCAUUUUGAAGAUAUCUUCUCCACCGUAUCUUGUUACCUUGGUGACAAUGUCUCCUCUACGAUGUGGAAAGAUGUUGAAGGUAAAUUGUACAGAGACCUAUGUUGGAUCAAAGCCAACGUUCCGAUCCGCCCUCAACGGUGUGCCAAAGGAAGGGGGAAAAAUCGGCAAUAUUUUUUCCGGGUGGAUUAUGAUAUUGUCCUAUUGUUUGGCUUGACGGAGUUGAAGGCGCAGAUUGCGUGGAAGGAGAAGGGUGUCGAAAAGCGUGGACCUGCUAAUAUUGUGUACAUGCCUAAUGAUCGAACAUUUUUCCAACUCUUCGCUUGUGACGCUAACAAAUAUUCUCAAUUCCCUGGGUGA